CUUAUCAUACCCGCCUUAACACACUAACCUUCACCACGACCUCCAUCAUAUCUCGUCGCCCGCACCGGCUCUCCAAAUCAUCUGAAAGCAAUGGCAUCCCGAGGUGGCGGUGGCGGCCGACGCGUCCUCCUCCCACCAAUCAACUUCAUCUUCAAACUCCUGCAAUCCCACUCAACGGUUCAAAUAUGGCUCUACGAGCAGUUAGCCAUACGAAUCGAGGGCAAGAUCAGAGUACUCCUCCCCUCUCCCCCCUUUACCCCCCCACCCUCGCUCGCUAACGGGGCUAUCUGGUCGUAGGGCUUCGACGAGUUCAUGAACCUCGUCAUUGACGAUGCGGUGGAGGUUAAGCUCAAGACUAAGGAUGAGGAGGAGAGCCGAAGAGAGUUAGGUUAGUUUAGUCUAUUUUUAUUUUUUUGUGCUUUCUCAUUAUUUCCGGUGGUGAUUUUGGGCUGACAACAGUGUGAUUGGGGGGGGGGGAACCAGGCCAGAUAUUACUCAAAGGGGAUAAUGUUUCGUUGAUACAGAGUUUGUAGUUCUGGCGCUGGGAAGGGCCUGCCGAGGAUUGGGGGGAUUUCUACAGUUCUUUUAUUCCUACUUUCAUACUUCGGACAGCAUUAGUAAAUUGGGGUUCUGAUAAAAAUGAUACAUGUGUCCCUCUGCCCAGCCAACCCCCUCAUCGUGGGUGUUUUCAUUAGUUAUGUGUAAUAAUACAUCGAGCGAACGGACCAACUAGUGGAAUCAAUAUCUUCACAC